ACACAAGCGGUGUAUCAUCCGAAAGUCUUGCGAGUGCACAUCAAGCAAAGUCGCCAUGAAAAUGGCCAACCCCAGACUCCUCAAAGCCACGGCUCUGGCAGCGGCAGCGGCGGCCGUCGUGUGCAUGGUGGUGGCCAAUGCGCCUCCGGCUGCGGCGCAGGUGUCCUCGUGCAACCAGGUGGUCAACACCCUGAUGCCGUGCGUGUCCUACGUGCUCAAUGGCGGGGCCGUGCCGCCUGACUGCUGCAGCGGGAUCCAGUCGCUGUACUCGGCGGCGAAGACCACGGCCGACCGGCAGGGCGUCUGCAACUGCCUGAAGUCCGCCAUCAACGGGAUCCCCUACAACGCCUACAGCGCCGGCCUCGCGGCGGGCCUGCCGGCCAAGUGCGGGGUCAACAUCCCUUACAAGAUCAGCCUCUCCACCGACUGCAAGAGCGUGAAGUGAGAGCAAAGAUGGAGCGCAGGCAGGAGCAGAUGCUUCCAAGGGCAGGAGCUUGGAUCCACGUUAGAAUAAGAGGAACUACUGUCGCCUCGAGUCACCGGCUUUCUCUAGUUAUGAUAGUACUCAUCGCCGUGUCGUUCUGGAUCUUGUGUCGAGCCAGGCGAUGCGAUGCGUCGUGUAAUAUGGUCCGUUGUAUUCUAGUUCUGCACCAUCUAUGGAGAAACUAUUUUGUGCUCUUUUGAA